UUCCCCAAUCGCCGCUAAAUCUCCGACGUUAAGUUGUUGCACAUGAACUUGUCAACAUUGCCGGCUUUUUUCUUUGGUUGGAAGUUCAUUCGUUUUCGGGAUAUCCCCCUGAAUACAUGCUCCUUGGUUUUUUUAAGUUAUAAUGAGUCGCGAAGUGGUAUCCCCGCCUGUCCAAAAAAUGAGCCACAACCGGCGCUAUAGAGUAAACAUGGUACACGAAGAUUUCGGAGGAGACAAGUGGAACGGCCAAAAUAAAAUGGCUAAAAGGGAAAACAAGGCCUACGAGGAGCCAGAUUUGUAUGGUGAAGACGAUGACGAGGAAGAUCCAGCUGCCUGCAACAUCGAGGAGUCGCCAAAUGGCGAUUUUAAGUUAGCGCUUCAUGUGCCCAAAUCAUUCUACGGAGGCUUAAUAGGCCUCAAAGGCUCCACCAAACGGCGCAUCGAGGAGGAGACCAGAACAGAGAUCUACGUUCCACGUCAUAACGAAAUUUCAAACGACAUAUUGAUCAGAGCCAAGCAACGCAGCCAUGUAUGUGGUGCACUGCGGCAAAUCCGUCAUAUAAUCACCUCGCUGCGAAAGAGGAUGAAGCCCACCCACUUUUUGGCCGUGGCUCUAAACUCUGGGGAAGUAAAAGAUCGUUUUGUAGAACUUAAGAAAAGCAUUUUGGAGGCCCAGCUGCCAGGCAUUGAUGAGGAGCUAUUCAUCUCGGAGCGCUCCAUCCACCUUACUCUAGGGGUCUAUGUUCUUCUAGAUGAUGAUGAGCGCAAAAAGGCACUAGAUGAGCUGGAGGCCUGUCGUCCGCUUCUGGCUGACCUCAACACUCCAUUUGAUAUUAAAGUCAAGGGCUUGGAGAUCAUGAACGACGAUCCCAGCUCCACUCGUGUUUUGUACGGUCGCGUCGAAUCUUCUGGCUUGCAGAAGUUCGCGGAUCAAUGCCUAGCCCAUUUUCAGACUACCGGACUUUGCGCCACCGACAACAAUCAACGUGAAUCUAUUAAACUUCACAUGACUCUGAUGAACAACCGCUAUCGCAAGGAGGCGAUGAAGUCCGGCGACUCCUUCGAUGCCCGCGAAAUCCUAAAGCGCUUCGGGGACUUUGACUUCGGUACGGCCAAGUGCCAAGCAGUACACUUAUGCGUAUUGAAAUCUCGCGGAGAGGACGAGUUCUACAAGAUAACCGGCAGUCUAGAAUUUUAGAAAAUUUGUUUUCCACGUUAUUUUUUUCAGUUUUAUACAUAUAUAAGAUUUCAGCUGUAUGAAAACAUUGAACAUGGUCAUGGAUAAACAAAUAUAUUUUCCUAUUAUGAAAAAUUAA